AUGAACAGGAUACCUGCUUGGAUACAUCUUAAGAAUGUUCCAUUGGAGCUGUAUACUAAGAAAGGGCUAAGCUAUACAGCCAGUGCAUUAGGCAUUCCACUAUACAUGGAUAAAAUUACAGCAAACUUUGAAGGGCUUGCUUAUGCAAAAAUCUGUGUGGAAAUUGAGGUUAAUGUGGAUAUACCUAGGUACAUUGAUGUGCACUGCAAAGUUUUUGGGCAUUCAGACAAAUCAUGUAUGAAUAGGCCUAUGGUAGCAGAAGCUAGGGUGUGGCAGCCAAAGAAAUCUAAGGAGCAACGAGCUAAGGAAGUGAAGGAAGCUGUGCCAGAGGCUAAUUCUAAGAAUGUUAAGCUGCAAGUUGAACCGAUGCAAGUAGCAAAGUCAGGGCCAGAGAGUACUUCUGAGAGAGGCAAGCUGCGAGUUGAAUCAAUGCAGUUAGCAAAGUGA